AUGGCAAAAAAGCGGGAAUGCAUAUCCAUUCAUAUUGGACAGGCUGGCGUUCAAAUGGGUAACGCUUGCUGGGAAUUGUAUUGCUUGGAACAUGGAAUUCAACCUGAUGGACAAAUGCCCAGUGAUAGUACUGUGGGUUAUGGAGAUGAUUCUUUUAAUACGUUUUUUUCUGAAACAGAUUCAGGAAAACACGUUCCGAGAGCCGUCUUUGUGGAUCUCGAACCAACAGUAGUAGAUGAAGUUCGUACAGGCACAUAUAGGCAAUUAUUUCAUCCGGAACAGUUAAUUACGGGGAAAGAAGAUGCGGCAAAUAAUUAUGCGCGAGGUCACUAUACGAUAGGAAAAGAGAUUGUGGAUCUCACUUUAGAUCGAAUUCGUAGACUCAUCGAACGAUGCAAAGGUUUGCAAGGUUUCUUAAUUUUCCAUUCGUUCGGCGGUGGCACAGGUUCAGGCUUUUCCAGCUUACUCAUGGAAAGAUUAUCAGUCGAUUAUCCUAAAAGAAGUAAAUUAACUUUUAGCAUUUACCCUGCGCCUCAGGUAUCAACUGCCGUUGUAGAGCCAUAUAAUGCAAUUCUUUAUACGCAUCCAACGUUAGAGCACUGCGAAGUAGCUUUCAUAGUUGAUAAUCAAGCUAUUUAUGAAUUAUGUAGAAGAAACUUAAGCAUUGAUAGACCAACAUAUACAAAUUUGAACCGUUUAAUUGGUCAAGUUGUUUCAUCGAUAACCGCAAGUUUACGAUUUGAUGGUGCUCUUAACGUUGAUCUUACCGAAUUUCAAACGAAUUUAGUACCAUAUCCACGUAUUCAUUUUCCUCUCGCGACUUAUGCUCCUGUUUUAUCGGCUGCGAAAGCGGGCCAUGAGAGAAUUACAGUAGCGGAAAUAACAAAUUCGUGUUUCGAACCAAAUCAUCAAAUGGUGAAUUGUGAUCCACGUAGAGGUAAAUACAUGGCAGUAUGUAUGCUUUAUAGAGGAGAUGUUGUUCCUAAAGAUGUAAAUGCAGCGAUUGCAACAAUUAAGAGACAGAAACAUGUUCAAUUUGUUGAGUGGUGCCCAACGGGUUUUAAGGUAGGAAUAAACUAUCAACCACCUACUGUAGUGCCAGGAGGCGAUCUUGCAAAAGUAGAAAGAGCUGUGUCUUGCCUUUGUAAUACUACUGCAAUAGUUGAGGCAUGGGCUAGAAUUGAUCAUAAAUUCGAUUUGAUGUAUGCUAAACGAGCGUUUGUUCACUGGUUUGUCGGAGAAGGUAUGGAGGAAGGUGAAUUUGCAGAAGCGAGAGAAGAUUUAGCAGCUUUAGAAUUGGACUAUCGUGAAGUCCAAGAAGACGCUGCUAAUACUGAAGAGGAAGAAGAAUAUUGA